AUGUGUGCUGCCAAGGCUUCACCGUCGACUUUCUGGACCAAGACCGCAAUUGGAGGCACCAUUGCUCUGGCCACUUCUGCGACUCUCCUCAACCAGCUCACCAAGGCACCUCAGAUGGAAGCGAACGCCCACAACAGCUCUUCCAGCUUCACUGGAGGUAACGUUGUCCAGGACCUCAAGGACGAGCACAACCGCAUUGGAGUUGAGAAGAAGUCGACCACGGAUCUUUUGUUGUCGAUGUUUGUUUAUAAGCUGUGCACGUUCAGCCUGUUGGUUGAUUUGGCCCCCAAGAUCAUUCACCUUGCCGAGAUGGUUCAAUUGACCCCUCCUGUCUACUGGGUUGUCCGCAAGACCUUCUUUGCCCAGUUCUGCGGUGGCGAGACUGCAGAGGAUUGCAUUGGAACGAUGAAGUCGCUCGGAAACGGUGGCAUUGGAUCGAUCCUCGAUCUCUCGAUUGAGGUUGACCUUGACGAGUCUGACCUCGACAGCCAGACCCCCGAGGAGAUCCGCUCUCGCUUCAACAAGAGCGCCGACAACAUUGCUGACCAGAUCAGCACCUGCAUUGCUACCGCUUCCCACAUGGCAAAGUCCUUUGCUGCCAUCAAGAUCACCGCCAUGGGCUCUCCUUUGCUCUUGCAGCAAGUCUCCAACACCUUGACUACUCUCGAGUCUCGCUUCAGAGCCAUGAACCAGGACAAGGAUGGCAAGAUCACCAAGGACGAGUUCAAGCAGUUGGUCAAGAUGCUCCCCAGCCCUCUCCAGAAUCACGAUUCCUUGGAUGCUGUUGUUGAUCAGCUGUUCAAGGAGGCUGACAAGGACAAGGAUGGCCGUGUUGACUGGGUUGAUUUCGCCUGCACCGUUUCGUUGAACCGCGAUGAGACUCGUGCCCUGUUCACUUCCGAGCAGGCUGAUAGCGAGGCCACCACCGCUGUCCCCGGUCUUUUCAAGGAGGAUCUCGAUGACUACAAGCGUCUUUUGACCCGCAUGGAGAAGCUCUGCGACCAAGCUGAGACAACCCGCACAAGACUCAUGAUUGAUGCCGAACAAUCGUACUUCCAGCCUGCGAUCGACAACGUGGCGUUGCAUCUCCAGGAGCACUACAACCAUACCCCUCAUGCUGAUGGACCCCUCAUCUUCAACACUUACCAGAUGUACCUCAAGGAUGCUCUCGGUCGUCUUCAGCAGGAUUAUACCCGUGCUCAGAGAAACAACUACGUCUUGGCCGCCAAGCUGGUCCGCGGCGCCUACAUGGUCAGCGAGCGCAAGAGAGCACUUGAGUUGGGCUUGGAAGACCCUAUCUGCGAUGGCAUUGUGGCCACUCACGUCUCUUACAACGCUGGUGUUGACUUUAUGCUGGGCGAGAUGGCUCACCAGCAAAAGUCGAUUGAGGCUAAGGAGGAGAAGAAGGAUGAUGCCUUGUCGAUGAAGAGCUCCCCUGUUGUUCUCUUCGUUGCAUCGCACAACAAGGACUCUGUCAUUCGUACCUGUGAGCGCAUGCAGGAUCUUGGAGUGUCGCCUCAGUCCGAGCUGGUCGUGUUUGGCCAAUUGAUGGGUAUGUGCGAUCAGAUCUCGUACACCCUCGGCCAGCAUGGCUAUGGCAUCUACAAAUACGUUCCCUACGGCCCCAUCCACCACGUCAUCCCAUACCUCAUCCGUCGUGCUCAAGAGAACUCGUCUGUGCUUGGAGGAGUUGCCGUCGAGCGCAACCUGCUCUGGGAGGAGUUGAAGAUGCGCUUUUCGACGUCGCGUGCUCAGAUCCAGGGUGUGCCUAUUGUCCCCGCUGGUCCUGCCACUGCCAUGUAA